AUGAGCCUGACUGAUACAGAUAAUCAAGACAUUAUCAAUGAAUGUAAAAAAAUGCUUAGAACAACAAGUACAAGUUUGUAUGUUUACUCUCAUUCAUACAAAGUAAUGCAAUUAUCUCUUGAAAUUUAUGACUUAAUCUCACCACUUUGUAAGGUAAACAAAACCAAUUUAAUCAUGGGUGCUUUACUCCAUGAUAUCACUAAAACACGUUCUUUGGUUACAAAAGAAGAUCAUCCAUUAACAGGUGCUUGUGUUGCAAGAGAAUUAGGGUGUAGUGAAGCAAUUUGUCAAAUAAUUGCUCAACACGUCAAUCCAAUCAGAGUUCCAGGGAAAUUAACAGAAAUUGACAUUGUUUGUUAUGCUGAUAAAAGAGUAAAAUGGGACUAUAUAGUAACAAUGCAAGAACGAAUAGACGAUGUAUGUAUUCGUUAUGACAUAAAGAAAGACUCUCAAUUUUGCUCUGUCUGUACUCGUUCAUAUCUACAAAUUGAACAAGAAAUAGGCGAAUAUGCUAAGAAAAAUGGUCAAUGGGAUCAUUUUUUUGAAUUUAUCCAUCGUACAGAAGAAGGAAAAGUAACUCCAUUCAUUGGAAUGGAAAAAACGGAUUUAAUUUAAUAAAAAAACAAUGCCUCUUUAGUUUGUUUUAAUUAAUUUAGUUGGUUUAUUCUUGUUUAUGAAUAGCAUGGACUGGACAACACAGAAUGGCUUUAUUGCAUGACUCUAUCUCUUCUGGGGUUGUUGGUUGUUUUUUAACAUAAGAAUGAAUUUCACUAUUGAUUCGACCAAAAUUAUUAGGGGCAUGUCUUCUACAAUUUCCACAGUCAAUACAUUUUUUAUCAACAUAAUAAGGACCAGCAACAUUUUGUGGCCAACGUUCUAGAUUUCUUUGCAUAGGCUAAUAAUGAUUAAGUUAUUCUUUUUAAU